AUGCGCAAACGAGGGCAAGCGCGGGGUUUCUCGGAGCAUGCGCCAGCGCCGCGCCGGCGCUCCAACCCCGCCCCUCCGGGGUCACGCUCCCGGAAGUGCCCUGGGCCCACGUGUCGGGUCCGGGGGAGCGGUAGGUGGUCAGCGGUUCCGCGGCACGUGGGUCCCGUGCCCGAGCGCUUGGCCCAGGGCAACCUGGAGCCGCCGGCCUCGGUGGCUGAGGCGGUGUCGUCCCUGACUAUCGCCGAUGCAUUCGUUGCAGCAGGCGAGGGCGCCGCCCCGCCGCCCCAGGCGCUCCCUCGGAGGUUCAUCUGCUCCUUCCCCAGCUGCAGCGCCGCUUACAACAAGGCCUGGAAGCUGGACGCGCACCUGUGCCGGCACACGGGGGAGAGACCAUUUGUUUGUGACCAUGAAGGGUGUGGCAAGGCCUUUGUCAGGGACUACCAUCUCAGCCGCCACGCGGUGAUUCACACCGGAGAAAAGCCCUUUGUUUGUACAGCUAGUGGCUGUGAACAGAAAUUCAACACAAAAUCAAACUUGAAGAAACAUUUUGAACGCAAACAUGAAAACCAGCAGAAACGAUAUGCAUGCAGUUUCGAAGGUUGUAAGAAGACCUUUAAGAAACAUCAGCAGCUGAAAACCCACCAGUGCCAGCACACCAACGAGCCACUGUUCAAGUGUGCCCACGAGGGAUGUGGAAAACACUUUGCCUCCCCCAGCAGUCUGAAGCGGCAUGGGAAGGUCCAUGAGGGCUAUAUAUGUCAAAAAGAAUGUUCUUUUGUGGCAAAAACAUGGACAGAGCUUCUAAAACACAUGAGAGAAACCCAUAAAGAGGACGUAAGGUGUGGCGUGUGCCAGAAAACGUUUAAGCGCAAGGACUUCCUGCGGCAGCACAUGAGGAUGCACGCCCCCGAGCGGGACGUGUGCCGGUGUCCACGGGCAGGCUGCGGCCGCACCUACACCACCGCCUUCAACCUCCAGAGCCACAUCCUCUCCUUCCACGAGCAGCAGCGCCCCUUCGUGUGCGAGCAUGCUGGCUGCGGCAAGACCUUUGCCAUGAAGCAGAGCCUCAGCAGGCAUGCCAUUGUGCAUGACCCCAACAUGAAGAAAAUCAAAGUAAGGCCGUCUCGUGGGAAGCGGAGCCUGGCCUCCCGGCUCAGUGGGUACCUCCCUCCUAAGAGGACACAGGGCCAGGCUGUGCCUUUGCCCAGGAAUGGGGAGCCGCUGAGCUGCAUGGAAGGCCACGCGCUCUCCACGUCGCCAUGCUGACUGCAGCUGCACAUCCGCCUGCGCUGUAUGGAGGACCACAGACCAGCCAAUGCAGUUUCUCUCCCCUGGAAGCAUGGGUUUAUUAAAGUCACUGGGGCAGGACACCAGAUGCUCCGUCCUUCCCGUCUCCCCUGUUCAGAGCGUCUCCUCUUGGGGUGCCCGGAGCUGCUCUCCAUGCAGCCUCCUCCUUUUUGCUCAAGGGACGAAGAACAAACAUCACAGCCUUGCCUCCUCUGAUGGGCUGCGGCCGGGAUGAGAAGGUUGCAAUUCCAGACACGGCCUGGACUAUUCGAUUACACAUCUCCUCCUAGAACAGGAAACAAAAGGCUAGUAUAAAACCAGCACCUCUGAUUGUUUCCAGUGUUCGUGCUUAUCUGAUACCCAUAAAAGCCUACAUUCUUGAAUUGCUAUAUAAGGGAUUUGCUAAGUCAAAUUGUAUAGACCUGGUUAAGCUGAUCGAAAACUGUACAAUAACCAGGUGGUUAUACAAACUCCAUGGAACUAGUCCAACACGCUAAAGGCUUGCUAGUUUUGAAUCCCCCGUCAUGACACUGAGAGGCUGUUUGGCCCAAACCACCCACACACAAAAAGUGCCAAGUGGUGGGUUUGGGCACUGGCAGGGCCCCCUUAUCCCCCUAGGUUGUCAGCUCGGUGCUGUUCCCAACCGUCCUUCACAGUCACUGAGGUGGUUAGAAAAAGACACAUGGUUCUAGAGAUUCUGGGUGGGCUGGACUGGGCCCAGGGCCUGGGUCAUUCUAGUCUGGAGCUAGGGCUGAAAACCACUGGAGUAAAUGCUGCCUUUAUCUACUGCUGUGUAACUCCAAAAGCGAAAUCCACAGAUCCUCCACAGACUUAUCCUGGGACUGUAAACUAACACUUCCUAGAAGAGUUUGACUUGACUGCUUCUCAGAGGCAUUUAUAAAGAGGAAUCGGACUUAAAAAGAUGAACCCAUACAGUCUCUAGUUUUCCUAUUUAAAUGUUAGACCCUCUACAGUCUCAAGUAGAAUAGUAUAUAGCCCUUAAAUGAGGAAGUAGUGUUCUCACAUGGCGAAGUACUUAACGCUACGGUGGAAAGAGUGUGUACAUUUUGCAUUUUGAAAACCCAAUUAGCUGCCACUAAGACUGGGCAGAAUUAUUACUUUUCUCUGCCUUUACAUUUUCCAGGUUUUCCACAGCUGUAUUUAUAAGUUCAGAAAACAAGCAGUCGCUCAGGCCUGUUUUCACUUACCAUUUUGUCCUCGGGCUCAUCUGCAUUCUUCCCUUUCUUUACUGUAAUCUGGACUUUGUACUUUUUUUCGAUCCACUGCUGAAUCUGUUUACUCUUUGUGUUCAGAUCAUGUUGUCCAAUAUUUGAAGAAAAAGUCAGUUCCUUGGUCAGGGUGGGUCCUAGGUUGAAAGAGUGACAUCUGGGGCUAGUCUGUGAGGCCUGGGUUUUAUCACACACGCGUCCUAAGGUCUACGCUGCUAUAGGCCCUCCUGUCUGCCUGGUAUUAAUGGUUUCACCCUCCAGUUAAAUAAAGGAGACAGACACAAGGUGAAAUACCACUUUUGUAGUUGCCAAGUAAGAGUACCUGAACAGGGAAUGCUUCCGUUUAUCAUUACCAUUGUUUGAUGAAAGAACAAAGGAAUGGUCCUUUAAAGAGAACCUUUGGGUGGUGG